ACCGUCGGGAUGGAGGUUGUCGGGCGUUCUUUCUGUCCUGCGGCUCUGCUCUGUGCUUGGCUCCUGCUCGGCUCCGGCUGGGGCUUGGGGCCCCCCGGGGUCGUUGCUGCCUACGUGCUGGAUGAUGCCGGCGGGCUGGGCAGGGAGUUCGACGGGAUCGGGGCGAUCAGCGGCGGUGGGGCCACAUCUAGACUCCUUGUGAACUACCAAGAACCGUAUCGCUCCCAGAUCUUAGAUUAUCUGUUCAAGCCAAAUUUUGGUGCUUCUUUACACAUUCUCAAAGUAGAGAUUGGUGGUGAUGGACAAUCAACAGAUGGCACUGAACCCUCCCAUAUGCACUAUGAAAAUGAUGAGAACUACUUCCGAGGUUAUGAAUGGUGGCUGAUGAAAGAAGCUAAAAAGAGGAACCCCCAAAUUAAACUGAUCGGAUUGCCCUGGACAUUUCCAUCAUGGAUAGGGAAGGGUGAAAACUGGCCCUAUGAUUAUCCACAUGUCACUGUUUACUAUAUUAUUUCUUGGAUAUUAGGAGCUAAACAGUAUCAUGAUCUGGAUAUUGAUUAUAUUGGGAUAUGGAAUGAAAGGGCAUAUAACAGCAAAUAUAUCAAGCUGUUGAGGUACACACUGGAUAAGAAUGGUCUGCAGCAGGUGAGGAUCAUAGCCAGCGAUAGACUGUGGGAGCCCAUUUCCUUUGUCUUGCUGAUUGACUCUGAGCUCCACGAAGUGGUCGAUGUCAUUGGGGCUCACUAUCCUGGGACAAAAACAGUGCCAAAUGCCUUACUGACUCAGAAGAAACUGUGGGCUUCGGAAGAUUAUAGUACUUUCAACGAUGACGUAGGUGCAGGCUGUUGGGCUCGGAUCCUAAACCAAAACUAUGUGAAUGGAAACAUGACCUCAACUAUUGCAUGGAACUUAGUGGCAAGUUAUUAUGAAGAAUUGCCCUUUGGUCGAUGUGGUUUGAUGACAGCACAAGAACCAUGGAGUGGCCACUAUAAAGUAGAAGCACCUAUUUGGAUUACAGCGCACACAACGCAAUUUACACAACCAGGAUGGUCCUACUUGCAGGUGGAUGGACACUUAGAAGGAGGUGGAAGCUUUGUAGCUCUGACAGACGGCCUAGGAAACCUUACAAUAAUAAUUGAAACUAUGACACACAAUCACUCUAAAUGUAUCAGACCUCCACUGCCUCACUUCCGAGUUUCACCUCAGCGAGCAACUUUCUACCUCAGAGGGUCUUUUUAUUUCCUGAAAACGCUUCAGGUGUGGCACUCUAAGCUUGGUUUUGAAUCUGCAAACUCUAGUCUUUUUGAGCAACUUCAUCCUGUAAAGAUCUGGAGGGGAAGUUUUUCUUUAGACCUAGAUGUGGAUGAAGUCUAUACUUUAACUACACUUAAGACAGGACGGAAGUGUAGCUGCCCAGAGCCUCCACCACCUCAACCCUUUCCUUCAAAUUACAAAGAUGACUUUAAUAUUCGUAAUCCACCUUUCAGCGAAGCUCCAAACUUUGCAGAUCAGACGGGUGUGUUUGAGUACUUCGUAAAUGGCUCUGACCCAGGAGAUCAUGUUUUCACACUCCGACAGGUGGUGAUUCAGCGACCCAUCACUUGGGUUUCUGAUGCAGACCAGACAAUCAGCAUCAUAGGAAACUUUCAGUGGGUAAAUCUGACAGUCACUUGUGACAUCUACAUAGAAAAGCCACUUGAUGGGGGUGUGUUCAUUGCUGGAAGAGUAGACAAUGGUGGGAUAUAUGUUCGUCGUACCAAAGGAGUUUUCUUCUGGGUUUAUGCAGAUGGCACCUACAGAGUCACUGGUGACCUAGCUGGAGAAGAAAUAUUAAUGAAAGGGCUUUCUGGUGUCCGACAUAAUGCUUGGCACACGCUUACUCUCAACAUCCAGGGCACUUCUGCCUCAGGACUGUUAAAUGGUUAUCCGCUCUGGGAGAACGUCACCAUUUCUCAACCAAGUAAUGGCUGGGCUGCUAUUGGGACUCGCUCGUUUGAGUUUGCACAGUUUGACAACUUCCAUGUUGAAGCUAGAUGAGGUAGCUUUUGCAUUUGGAGAACGUCAUCAUACUUUGAAGAAGAGUCAGCUCAAACUUUGGGGACAGCUUAACACUGACACUGAUCUGUUGGCAAAGAAUCUGAAUUCUCACCCUGUUAUUUUAUAAAGCUUUACAUUGCUCAUUACCAGUGUAAGUUUCAUCCCCUGGUUGCUAUGGAAUUUUUACUCUUAGAAUUCUGGGGGUAAAUUUUAGUUCAAGGUAACGAUGAAAACAAAAUCAUAGAUCCUUUUAUUCAAAAAUGAUCAGAUCUUAACUUCCUAUCUCAUUUUCAAGCCAAAUUUGAAAGUUAACAGAAGAUAAGGGCCUCUCAAGAUGCUUUUUUUUUUUUUUUUUUUUUU